AUGGAGUUGUAUCCUGGGUUUGCUUUAUACCGAGGGUUAUAUGAGUUAGCACAAUUUUCCUUUGAAGGGAAUAGUUCAGGGGCUAGUGGUAUGAAGUGGCAGAAUCUGAGUGAAAGCACUAAUGGCAUGAAAGAGGUCUUAAUUAUCAUGUUUGCUGAGUGGAUAGUGAUGCUUUUUGCUGCCUUCUACAUUGACCAAGUAUUGUCGUCAGGAAGUAGAAAAAAUCCUCUUUUCUUCUUGAAAGGAUCUCAGAAAAAGUCUCCUUUGCAAAAGCUUGGUACACAAAUGCAGGUGUCAAAAGUAUUCUCUCAAAUUGAGAAACCUGAUGUCAUCCAAGAGAAGGAGAAGGUGGAGAUGCUGCUUCUUGAACCGACUAUUAAUCAUGCAAUUUUAUGUGAAGAUCUAAAAAAAGUCUAUCCAGGGAGGGAUGGAAAUGCAGAUAAAUUUGCAGUGAGAGGGUUGUUCCUUUCUGUGCCUCAAGGGGAAUGCUUUGGUAUGCUUGGUCCCAAUGGAGCUGGGAAGACCUCUUUUAUCAAUAUGAUGAUUGGUCUCACAAAACCAACCUCUGGUACGGCAUUUGUUCAAGGCUUGGACAUAAGAACUCAAAUGGAUGAAAUAUACACUACCAUGGGUGUAUGCCCACAGCAUGACUUGCUGUGGGAAAACUUGACAGGUAGAGAGCACCUACUUUUUUAUGGGAGACUUAAAAAUCUUAGAGGCUCAAUCUUAACACAAGCAGUAGAAGAAUCUUUGAAGGGUUUAAACCUUUUUCACGGAGGAGUUGCUGAUAAACAAGUUGGAAAAUACAGUGGAGGGAUGAAGAGGAGGCUUAGUGUUGCAAUUUCACUAAUUGGGGAUCCCAAAGUUGUUUACAUGGAUGAACCAAGUUCCGGUUUAGACCCUGCCUCAAGAAAAAGCUUAUGGAAUGUUGUCAAGCAUGCAAAACAGAACCGUGCAAUCAUUCUCACCACACAUUCCAUGGAAGAGGCAGAGGCCUUAUGUGAUCGAUUGGGCAUAUUUGUAAAUGGUAGCUUGCAGUGUGUAGGAAAUGCAAAGGAGCUUAAAGCAAGAUACGGAGGAACUUACGUGUUCACACUGACAACAUCUUCGGAGCAUGAAAAAGAUGUGGAGAACAUGGUGCAGAAACUCACCCCAAAUGCCAAUAAGAUAUACCAUCUCUCUGGUACUCAGAAGUUUGAGCUGCCAAAAGAGGAUGUUAGAAUAGCAGAUGUUUUCGAAGCUGUUGAUGCUGCAAAGAGAAAGUUCACUGUUUCUGCAUGGGGUUUAGUUGACACCACAUUGGAAGAUGUAUUCAUUAAGGUUGCAAGUGAGGCUCAGACAUUUGAUACCUUGUCAUGA